AUACAAUUGCAGGCCAUUAUUAAUAAUAAAGUACAAGUAAGUGAGUAACAAGUAUUUAUGCAAAUGAAGGAUAGGACCCACAAGAGGGACACGUCACCCCGACAAAAGCUUAGAUACUACAUGUACAUUUUCUGCAACACUCUAUGAAUGCAUUGUGCUAUUGUACACUUGCUUCACCUCUGAAAUCCUUUAAUCAAAUUCCUCCGCCGUUUCCACCACCAUCGCCCGCCGCCUCUUUCUCUACGCCCACGGUGUAGAUGGCUCAGUCUCUUUACACUAGUCUUCCAAAAUCAACCACCAUUUUCACCUCUUCAACCUCCCCUUCAUGCACCCUCAUCUUCAUCCUCACCCUCUGCAUUAUCUCUCUCUACACACUCCAUUACCACAACCAGCAAACACCUCCUCCGUCACCAUCCACCACAGCCCGACAUCCACCACUUAUCUCCACUUUCCUUAACUCUGCCUCUAAUUACACCAUAUCUAACUAUCUCCGCCACCUUACCCUCCACCCCCAUCUCGCUGGUACCUCACCCUCAUCCGCCGCCGCCGAUUACGUCAAGACCAACUUCGAAUCCCUCCAUCUCCAAACCCACGUCACCAACUAUUCCGUACUGUUAUCGUACCAUCUCCAUUCAUCACUCACUGCCCACUUCAGCAACAGCAGUACCGCCGUCCCACUUCCCUUGACCGAACCGGGGUUAGGUUCUGACUCCGGGGUCGUCAAACCGUACCAUGCUUAUUCACCAUCCGGAUCGGCGUACGGGAAGGCGGUGUACGUUCACCAUGGGAGGGAGGAGGACUAUCGCGCACUGGCGUCGGCUGGCGUGGACGUUAAGGGUUGUGUAGCUGUUGCGAAGAGAGGCGGUGGGAUGUCAAGGAAUGCGGUUGUGGUGAAGGCGGCGGAGAAAGGCGUGGUGGCGGUGGUUAUGUAUACCGAAAAUAACGAUCGAGCAAGAACGUAUUACGGAGGUGGGGUGGAGAGAGGAACAGUGUUGGAUGGUGUCGGCGACCCACUGACGCCUGGAUGGGGUGCAAGGAUUAAUGGAGACGUAGAGAGGUUAGGGAUGGAGGAUGAUGAGGUUUUGAAGAGGUUUCCGACGGUGGCUUCAAUGCCGAUCUCGGGUGAGACGGCGGAGUUGAUUUUGGGGUCACUGGAGGGGGCCAGGGUGCCCCAUUGGUGGAGGGAUGGUGACCUUUUCGGGAAUUUUAACAGGGUUGGCCCUGGACCAACUUUCUUGAAUUUCACAUACCAGGGGGAGAAUAAGGUGGCAACAAUUCAAAAUGUAUUUGCUGUGAUAAAGGGAUCAGAAGAGGCUGACCGGUUUGUGGUUCUGGGCAACCACAGGGAUGCAUGGACAUAUGGAGCGGUUGACCCAAAUAGUGGCACUGCUGCCCUUAUUGACAUUGCCAGACGAUAUUCUCUAAUGAUGCGUUUGGGGUGGAACCCUCAAAGGACAAUCGUUCUUUGUAGUUGGGAUGCAGAAGAAUUUGGGAUGAUUGGAUCUACUGAAUGGGUUGAGCAAAAUCUUGUAAAUUUGGGGUCAAAGGCGGUGGCAUAUAUCAAUGUGGAUUGUGCAGUUCAAGGGCCUGGAUUUUUCGCUGCUGCAACACCUCAGCUAGAUGAUAUCCUUGUAGAGGUCACUAAGAAGGUUACGGAUCCAGAUUCAUUGGAUUCAACGCUCUUUGAGAAAUGGAGAACAAGUACUGAUGGCCCCUUGAUCCAGAGACUAAGUGACGUAUUUUCUGACUUUGCUCCGUUUUUACACCAUGCGGGGGUUCCUUCUAUUGAUUUGUACUAUGGCAAAGAUUUCCCGGUUUACCACACUGCUUUUGACUCGUAUGAGUGGAUGGUUAAGUAUGGAGAUCCCUUUUUUCACCGCCAUGUGGCUGUUGCUGGGGUUUGGGGGUUGCUUGGAAUUCACUUGGCAGAUGAUCCUAUCCUGCCUUUCAACUAUCUCUCAUAUGCCACUCAGUUGCAGAACUACACACAUUCAUUAAGCAAAUUGUUGGAAGGGGAUGUCUCUUUGCAUCCAAUCACAUCUGCCAUUCAAGAACUAGAGGAUGCAGCUAAACAAGUAGAAGAGGAGAUGAAGAAAUUGAGGGAGGAAGAAAGUGAAGGUCAUGUGAUAGUUUUGAGGAGGCGCAUGUUGAAUGAUCGUUUGAUGUUGGCUGAAAGAGGCUUUUUGGAUACAGAGGGGAUUCGGGGAAGGCAAUGGUUCAAGCAUCUCGUAUAUGGACCUGCUAGUGAGGGUAAGCUGGGAUUCUUUCCAGGAGUUGCAGAUGCAAUGUAUGGGUCAAGUACAAGUAGAGGAGAGAAAAAGGAAGCAAAAAAGAAGCAGGAAAUCAUCCAACAUGAAAUCUGGAGGGUUGCUAGGGCCAUUCAAAGAGCUGCAAGUGCUUUGAAAGCUGAACUAACCUGAUAUAACACUUACAUUUGGGAGAGUAAUCACUAGUGAGGAGGUUGUAUAUAUGCUUACUUAAUCAUAUAUAGUCCGUGUCUCUAACAUGAGAGUCUAGAUGUUUUUGAUGCUUCAUCAUCCCAUAACCCAUAUCAGAUAUGUAUAGCCAAUGUUAACAUUUAACAAUAAUAGGCAGUAUUGUUUUUUAAACUAUGCUGCCAACAUAAUAGAAAUAACGGGGAUUUUGCUUA